AUUACCUACAAAAUCAUGGGACAGUCUGAUACAAAAUAUGACUACCCUUUUUGUAAUAGAAAAGAUACCAAGAUCGCGUGGGAGCCUGCAGCAUUGGAAUUUUUCUUCGGAGUCACUGGUAAUGUUAUCGCAUUACUUCUCCUCUGGACCAACCGCCAUUAUCAUCGAUGGUUUUCUUUUUUUAAACUUCUUACUGGGCUAGUAAUCACCGACUUUCUCGGAAUAGUACUGGUUUACUCAUUUGUGAUGAUAAGGUAUGCAUCAGAUUUCACGUGGUGCUACCCGAAGCCGGUUUGUCAAUUCACAUCCUUCGUCUUCAUCGACGCUCAUUUAUCAGCAGCUUUAAUUAUCUGUGCCAUGUCUGUUGACCGGUUCAUGCAUUUGCGAAAUUCGGUUAUCUUCACAAGCAGGAGCUAUACAUUCAUACUCUUUGGAAUAUGGAUCGUUGCUAGUCUGAUUUCGUACUUACAUUUAAUUGGAGUUGGGGAAAGUAACAUAUAUUAUCCGGGUUCUUGGUGUUAUUUCGAUUUUGUACGCGAUACUACAGGAAACCAUGUCAUGAGCUACCUGUAUACCAUAAUUGCUUUCGUUAUAAUUAUUGUAACCAUUGCGAUUAAUGCUGUAACACUUUGUCGGAUUUGUACAGACCCAGAACAAAGAGGAAAACUUAUGGAUGCCAAUGAAGUUUCCGGAUUCUAUGAUUUUCAUGCAAUGAUUUUUAUAACAUCCGUUACCGUGUUGUUUGUCAUCCUAUGGACCCCUCUUGUUGUGGACAUUUUCUUGCAUGCUGUCAACAUCAGAAACCAAAAGAACAAUGAAACAGAACUAUUGCUCCUGCGAUUGGCCGUGUGUAAUGCUAUCAUUGAUCCCUGGAUGUAUAUUGUCUUAAGAAAGGAAUCACUCAGCAAAAUAGCUGAGAUUUUUUAUCGCUGUAGGCGAUCUAGAAAGUCUGUUAAUAUUAAUGAAACAGACGCUCUUUUACCAUAGGUGUUAGACAUGUUUUGUCCGCCAUCACAUAUUUUAUUUUCAUCCGUCACGCCGCCUGUGUAUUCCUGGUGACAAGAACUUCCUUUGGAUACAAUGAUUUUGACCUUGGAGUUUGACAUGUAUUUGAGAAACUGCAAACCUCGCUAAAAUCUGUCAUUCAAGGUAUUAGUGUUUCACAAAUACAUCGAAUGCUUGUUUUAAAAGUCCUCUUCAAUUUGUGACAUUAAUCGAAAUUGAUCAAUGUAACUUAAAAUCAUUUUUUGUCACAAAGUUU